AUGCUGCUCUUCUCGCUUAUCAUCUCCGCUUGCCUCUUCAGCGCCAUCCAGGCUGUCACCGUCACUGUUACCGCGAAUGGUGAGGCUGUCUGCGCUUUCUACAACGGUCUCGUGCACGGCAUAAGCAGUACAUCCGGUGUGUCUGCUCGUCAUGCCUUAAUCACACUCGAAACGAUCAGCUCGGAUGGUCUGGGUCAUGAGACGUAUCGCAUGACGGUCCCUUCAAACCACUUCAGAAGCGAGCACGGUGGCACGCGUGGCUGGAACAACUGCUGUGACGGCUUGCUCAGCUUCGUAUUCACGCUCAACCCCAGAUAUCCUCACAUGAUCGAGCAUAGAGAUGCUCGCUCGGCCACAGGCGCGUGCCAACCUUUGGCACCAGAAUUCUGCUGGACGGACGUCAGAGCAGAGGGCGACUGCAAGCCGAGUACGGCUGCUCUGAGCUACGUGGUCAACUGA